CCCGAGAGGAUUAAAUUAAUUUUAAUUUAAUGUUAUGAUUCACGACCUAGGUUCAUAGCGGAAGAUGGACUCAACGCUGGACAAGAAGCUGCUCGGCUUUCGCCAGAUCGCGCAGGAAAAGCUUCGCAACAUCCUGUACUCGAUUCCGCUGGAAAAGGACCUGGUGAUCGAACCGGCCCUCAUCAAACCCCUGGAACAUGUGGUGGGUGCUUCGUGGCUGAGGAAGAAUGGCAUCGACAAGAUCUACAAGUUUGACCCGAAGAACCCACCGCCCAAGCGGAAGCAGUUUCUGUACUUUUUGAGCGCGAAUCUGUUGCAGUUCAAGAGUGCACUGGACCAGAUCAGCAGCUUCCAGAGUCAAACGUCGAGCAGUUUGAAGGUGGCGGAAGCGGAUCGUACCGGCCACGGGCAGUACCACGUGGUGGUGUUUCCGCUGGUGUUGGCCAGCUUUGAGCAGCUGUUGGAGGAGGAAGGCUUGUACGGGUCGGUUCAGCUGUACAGCUUCCAGUGGGACUUUAUCGCGCUGGAUCAGGGACUGUUGAGUUUGGAGUUGCCGAAUGUGUAUGGGGAUGUUUUCGUGCGGGAGGAUCGGUCGAUGUUGGGCUCGAUCGCGCAGAGUUUGAGGGUGUUUAAUAUGGUGGCGGGGAGGCCGAAUAUGGUUUUUACCUUGGGGGAGAACUCGGAGAAGGUGUUUCAGAUGAUGCAGCGGAUUGACGCGGGGAAGAAGGUGAAGAGUGGGGCGGGGAAGGAUGUGCCUGAUUUUAGUACGAUGCUGAUAGUGGACAGGGAUCGGGAUUAUCCGUCGUGUUUGCUGACUCCGGUGGUAUACUCGGGGUUGUUGCUGGAAAUUCACAAGUUUGUGUCCGGGUCGUUGACGAUUGAGUCAUCUGGGAAUAAGAUUAAGAGUGGGAAGCUUGCGAUUCUUCAGAAGGAUGAGCCGCAGAAGUCGAAACACGAGAGUACGAACAUUCGGAUGAAUGCCACGCAGGACGUGAUCUACCAGGAGAACAGGUAUCGACACUUUUCGGAGGUGAUUGGAUUGUUGAGUUCACAGGCGAAGGCACUCGGACUGGAGGGAAAGAUGUACUCCAAGGAUAUGAAGCUGUCCGAAAUGAAGGACUACGUAACGAACAAGUUGCCAAAGGUGGCGGCUCAGAAGAAGGAAUUGUUUAAACAUCUGCUGCUUUGCGAAACCAUCGUCGAUGAGAUUGGCGGAAACUUUGAGAAGCAUCAACUGAUUGAGGAAAGUAUUUUGACCAACACAAACCGCAAGCAAAUCAUGGCCUACAUUGACGAACUGAUGGCGGCCGAUGCCCACAAGUACAACACCUUAAGGCUAAUUUGUCUGUACCACGUGACGUUGGGACUGACGAGCGAAGACAUGACCAAACUGAUGACCGCCUAUCUGAACGCGUUCGGAUAUCACCACCUGACUGUGUUCAACAGUUUGACGACCGCUCGACUAUUCCCCGACACGACCAACCUGACCAAGGCGAAAAUUCUCUCCCAGAUUUCAAUACCGAUCCUCAAAUCUCCCUUUCAAAUCGAAGCCAACAAGCUGAAGCUUCUCCCCACCGAUUCGAACGACUCGAACACCCCGGUCAGCUCUCCCACCAGUCCAACCGGAUCGGGCAAGAAGCAGCAAUGCCCAAGCUACGUCUUUAACGGCAACUACAUUCCACUGGUGGCCCAGCUGAGUCAGAUGAUCCUGAGUGCGACCAGCUUCGACGAGCUGAACAACCGCUUCGGCCAUCUGGAACGACUCAAGCUCGGCGGCAAGAACUUUGUCCCGAAAACGAUUCGCGAGCUGUCCAUCACGAGCGCCAAAGCGGAAGUCAACCAACUGCUGCCGCUCAAGGCGAAGACGAUCUUCGUGUUCGUGGUUGGGGGUGUUAGCUACGCUGAAGUGGCAGCCUGCCACGUGGUUGAGAAGUGGACCGGCGGGAAGAUCAUCCUCGCGUCGGAUACGGUUCUUUCGGGGUGCGAUCUGAUUGAGAGCGUGGUUGGUUGUUGAGUUACGAAUAAAGGACAGUUUCUUUCCUGGAAAAUUAA